GGCUAGACUUGCCCCGGCUCGCUCCGGGGUUCUCUUAGGCACCGCCCGGCCGGGUGGCUUGGUGAGGCUGCGCCGCGGGUGCGCCGAGAGGGCGGGGCCGCCGACGCCCGGCACCGCGCCCCGGGCCCCGUUAUCUACAAUAAUCGUAGCGUCCGGCUCUGCCUGGCACGAUGCGGCUACCCGGAAACCCAGCGCGUGGGGCUGGACCUGGUUCCAUCAGCGUCUCCGCAGACCUCUUUUAGCCUAUUUCUAAAUCUGUCGGCCGAGCCGCGCCUCCGACCCCGGAGGCCGUGAGAUGCCCAGCGUCUCAGAUGGAUUCUUAACUGCUCUCUUGAACCUUCUCUGGAAUCAAAGGAUUAGUUACGUGUUUAGAUUUUAAAAGACUUCUAUUAACACAAAGAAAAAAAUAAAUCUUGUUCCUCUUUCCUCUGUCAUCUUUUUUUUUUUUAAUUAUAAAUUAUGAGGGACGAAGAUAAAAGAAUCGAACGUGCAGAUUUAGAACCAUCCACAGAGCCAAAUUGUACAACCUCUGAGCAUGGAGACAUACAGACACAGGAAGACACAGCUCUGAACCUUAGGAGUAUAGAUGGAAAUGAACUAACAGAAGGAAGUAACCUACUGAAUAGCAGUGAAAAGAAGCUACAAGAAACACCAACUGAAUUAAACCAUUUGCAGAGACUGAGACAAGCGUUUGCUUGCCCACCACAUGGAUUACUGGACAGAGUAAUAACAAAGGUGACCAUGGUUGUUCUUCUAUGGGCUGUAGUUUGGUCAGUAACUGGCAGUGAAUGUCUCCCUGGAGGAAACCUAUUUGGAAUUAUAAUCUUGUUCUAUUGUGCCAUCUUUGGAGGUAAACUGGUGGGGCUCAUUAAGUUACCUACAUUGCCUCCACUGCCUCCUCUUCUUGGUAUGCUGCUUGCUGGGUUUCUCAUCAGGAAUGUCCCGGUUGUCAGUGAUAAUGUGCAGAUUGAGCACAAAUGGUCUUCCUCUUUGAGAAGCAUAGCCCUGUCUAUCAUAUUGGUUCGUGCCGGCCUUGGACUGGAUUCAGAGGCCCUGAAGAAAUUGAAGGGUGUUUGUGUGAGACUAUCCAUGGGUCCUUGUCUUGUGGAGGCAUGCACUUCUGCCCUUCUUGCCCACUUCCUAAUGGGUUUACCAUGGCAAUGGGGAUUUAUACUGGGUUUUGUUUUAGGUGCUGUAUCUCCAGCUGUUGUGGUGCCUUCAAUGCUCCUUUUGCAGGAAGGAGGCUAUGGUGUUGAAAAAGGUGUCCCAACCUUACUCAUGGCUGCCGGCAGCUUUGAUGACAUUCUGGCCAUCACAGGCUUUAACACGUGCUUGGGCAUAGCAUUUUCCACAGGCUCCACAAUUUUUAAUGUCCUCAGAGGAGUAUUGGAGGUGGUAAUCGGUGUGGCAGCUGGAUCUUUUCUUGGAUUUUUUAUCCAGUACUUUCCAAGCAGUGACCAGGGCAAUCUUACGUGGAAGAGAGCAUUCCUCGUUUUGGGGUUCUCUGUGCUAGCUGUUUUCAGCAGUGUGUAUUUUGGUUUCCCUGGGUCAGGAGGACUGUGCACGUUGGUCAUGGCGUUCCUCGCAGGAAUAGGAUGGAGAAGCAAAAAGGCAGAGGUUCAAAAAAUAAUUGCUGUUGCCUGGGACAUUUUUCAGCCCCUUCUUUUUGGACUGAUUGGAGCAGAGGUAUCUAUUGCAUCUCUCAGACCGGAAACUGUUGGCCUUUGUGUUGCCACCCUGGGCCUUGCAGUACUGAUACGAAUUUUGACUACGUUUCUGAUGGUGUGUUUUGCUGGUUUUAACAUAAAGGAAAAGAUAUUUAUUUCUUUUGCAUGGCUUCCUAAGGCUACAGUCCAGGCUGCAAUAGGAUCUGUAGCUUUGGACACAGCAAGAUCCCAUGGAGAGAAACAGCUAGAAGACUAUGGAAUGGAUGUGUUGACAGUGGCAUUUUUGGCCAUCCUCAUUACAGCCCCAAUUGGAAGUCUUCUUAUUGGUUUGCUGGGCCCCAGGCUUCUCCAGAAAGCUGAAUAUCAAAAUAAAGAUGAAGAAGUUCAAGGAGACCCUUCUGAACAAGUUUAGCGGCUGUAAAACUAUAUUCAUUCAGCAAAUACUUACUGAAAGCCUUUGGUGAUCCAAGCACAUUAUCAAGACAAAUAAUUGUUCCUGUCCUUAAGGAUCUGACAAUCAGCUAGAGAAGACAGACAAACAAAAGAUUGCAAAACGGUAAGAUAAGUGCUGUUAUGUAGGAAGUACAGGGGCUUUAGGGACCUCAUAGCAGGAGUACCCAAGGGUGGUCCAGUUGGGCACAACUCCCCAGAGAAAGUAGGGCUUCGGCUGAGACCUAAGGGGUGAUUAGGAUUUAGCUAGCAAAAGGGGUGCAAAGCGGAAGAGUAAUGCAGUUAGUGUAUUCCCCAUGUGACCAGCAAAUUAGAAAUAAUCACUUUAACAUUUGGGGCCCUGUAAGUUGGAUGUACAGGUACCCUAUACAUACUGUCAGAGCACCGAUGACACUUUUUUCAGUUUGUUUAUAUGCUUGUCUCCUAUUAAAUCAGCUCCUUAGGAGCAGGAGACUUGGUCGUCUUGGAAUUCUCAGCAAUUAGCAGAGGGCAUGGGACACAACAGGCAUUUAAUAAACUUUUACUGACUGAGUCCCUUAGGGCAUCAUCUUCCAGUAUCAAAAGAAAACUGCUUGUCACACAACAUUUCAGAUCUGGAGGGUCACACUUCUAAGAACGAUGCUAAACACUAGAAAUUCUUGUUCUUCAGCGCCCUCUUUUUCCUGGGCCCUAUGACAUCCAUCUCCCUCUGUGGAGUAUCUUUUCAGAUACAUUGAUUAGGUUUCAGAUCUUUAAGUUAUUUUAACAUCCCAGUUUUUUCUCUCUGGUAGUAACCCCAAAUAGCCUUGAUUGAACGUGGGUGUCCUCAACAUUUCCUCAGCCAUUCAUUUACAAAAAACUUUAUCCAUUACAUUCUUUAAAAAUAGCAGUGAUUUUUUUUUCUGAUUACAAAAGUAAUACAUUUUCAUUGCAGAAAAUUCAGAACACAGAAAAGUACAAAGAAGAAAACAGAAAAUACUUUUUUUUCAAUUUUACUUUGUUGUUGUUGAGACUACACAGCAAAACACACCAGUUCAACCUUUUCUAUAUGUACCAUUUUGUGAUAUUAAUUACAUUCCUUGAGUUGUGCAACCAUCUUGCCCUCUUUUUCUGCAUUAUUCCUCCGCCAUUAACAUAAAUUCACUGCCGCCUGAGGUUCCUAUCUAAUCCUCCAAGUUGCUGUUGUUAAUUUGAUCCCAUAUAGAUAGUUCUUAAAAGAGCGUAGUACUCAAGGUGGACAUUUUUUACUAGUUAAGCUAAACUAUUGUUUGUUUUUAAGAAGAUUUCAGGUUUUUUUUUUUUUAUUGUACUUUAGAUGAAGGUUUACAGAACAAACUAGCUUCCCAUUAAACAGUUAGUGCACAUAUUGUUUUAUGACAUUGGUUACCAACCCCACG